AUGGCCGCAAAUUUUUGGACUUCAACACAUGGAAUGCACUGGUUACUUAGUCGUCAAGCUCUCGCUGAAUGUAGAAAAGUAGAUUUGCAAUACGUGAAGGAACAAGAGUUAAUCAAAGUUAACAUUUGGUUCGCCCAAAUAAUAACUGAACUUGGAAGAAAACUUUCAGUACGACAAGUAAUUAUUGCAACUGCUAUUACUUACUUCAAACGAUUUUAUACAAAAAAUAGUUUUAGAAAUACCGAACCUAAUUUAGUCGCCGCGACAUGUAUGUAUUUAGCAUGUAAAAUUGAAGAAUCGCCACAUCAUAUAAAAACUGUUAUCGCAGAGAUGAAAGGGAUCAUUAAUGGGGGAAGUUUUCCAUAUGAUAAUCAAAAAGUAGCAGAAAUGGAAUUUUAUUUAUUAGAAGAAUUAGAUUUUAAUAUGAUAGUAUUUCAUCCAUAUCGCUCAUUAAUGACUUUGGCACAGGAUCUAGGUACAAAAAAUGAAGAUGUACAAUGGGCUUGGUAUAUUAUUAAUGAUUCUUAUCGAAUUGAUUUGUGUCUGUUAUAUCCGCCACAUGUUAUUGCUGCUGCUGCUCUUUAUUUACAAAUAGCACUUAAAGGGGGGGCUCAGUAUGGUGACUAUUCGCUUACUUCGACUACAAGUAAUGCGAGUAAUAGCGGUGCUGCUGGUGGAGUAACCACAAGAGGUGCAAGAAGGGGUGCUAGUAAUAAUGCUGGUAACGUUAAUGAAACUCCAAAAGUAAAAGAUAUUAGAUUAUGGUUCGCUCAAUUAAAUGUUGAUUCGGAACAGAUAAUCGAUAUUGUACAAGAAAUAAUAUCAUUAUAUGAAUUAUGGAAUGAAUAUAGUGAAGAAGUUAAAUCAAAUGGAUUUCACGAAUUAUUAUCAAGAUUAUUAAACAGAUGA